GCUGUAUAGGGAUCUGGUUGAGCUUAGCUAAUCUUGAUGCCUCAUGCCCUGCUCUGAGCUCCAAAGUGUUUGAGAAAAAUCAUUUUUCUCUCUUCUUUUUCUUUUCUUUUCUUUUUUCUUUGAACCUUCUCCCAAGUUUGAGCUGCAGCUAUCUUGCACUUAUAGGUCAUCUAUUUUUCUCUCGCUCUCUCACUCACACCCACACCCACAGAUGGAAAACAAUGCUUCAAAACAUCCUCAUGCUGUCCUGUUUCCCUACCCUCUGCAAGGCCAUGUAAUCCCAGCUGUCCAUCUUGCCAUAAAGCUUGCAUCAAAGGGCAUCACAGUCACCUUUGUCAACACUGAAGCAGUUCACCAUCAGAUAGUCAAGUCCCACGCCAUGGAAGAUGAUAAUAUUUUCAAUGGGGUUCGUCAAUCUGGCCUAGACAUACGUUAUGUAACAAUCAACGAUGGCUUCCCGGUGGAAUUCGAUCGAUCUCUCAACCACGACCAGUUUUGGGAGAGUGUUAUACAUGAUUUCCCAGCUCAUGUUGAUGAGCUUCUAGCAAAACUAGUCCUCUCCAACCCACCAGUCAAUUGUUUGAUAUCAGAUACUUUCUUUGUGUGGCCAACAAUCAUAGCCAAAAAGUAUAACCUAGUCACCGUCUCAUUCUGGACUGAACCAGCUCUGGUCUUCACCCUCUACUAUCACCUAGACCUCCUCAACAAAAAUGGUCAUGGUCAUUUUACUUCUCAUGCUAAUCGUCGCCAAGACACAAUCGAUUACAUACCGGGUGUACGUGCAAUUGAACCAAAGGACUUGUCAUCAUACCUUCAACCUAGUGAUUACACUUCACCAGUGCACCGGAUCAUAGUCAAGGCCUUUGAGAAAAUUAAAAAACAAGAUUUCAUUCUUUGUAACACAGUCCAAGAGCUUGAAUCUGAGACCAUUUCAGCCUUGCAAGAAAGGCAACAAAUAUAUUCAAUUGGACCAAUAUUCCCCAAUGGGUUCACCAAGAGCCGUGUGGCCACAAGCCUGUGGUCCGAGUCAGAUUGCAUCCAAUGGCUCAACACUAGGCCACAUGGCUCAGUUUUGUACGUUUCAUUUGGUAGCUAUGCUCAUGCUAGCAAAAGAGAGAUUGAGGAAAUAGCCAAUGGGCUUUUGCUCAGCAAAGUUGGUUUUAUUUGGGUACUUCGUCCUGAUAUAGUCAGCUCUGAUGAACCCGAAAUCCUACCCGUAGGAUUUGAAGAUGAGAUCAAAGAUCAAGAUCAAGGGUUGAUUGUGCCAUGGUGCUCUCAGAUUGAGGUGAUCUCACACCCUUCAAUUGGAGGCUUCAUAACACAUUGUGGAUGGAAUUCAAUAUUGGAAAGCAUAUGGUGCAAUCUUCCCUUGUUGUGUUUUCCUUUGUUGACUGACCAAUUCACUAAUAGGAAAUUAGUGGUGGAUGAUUGGAGGGUUGGGCUUAAUCUUUGUGACCAAAAACCAAUCACAAAGGAGGAAGUGGCAGAGAAGAUCAGCCGUCUGAUGAGUGCUGAUGAAUUGAGGAGGAAUGUCAAGGAGGUCAGAAAAGCAUUGGAGGGUGCAUUGGCUAUUGGUGGGUCAUCAUACAGAAAUCUUGAUCAAUUCAUAGAUGGUGUGAAGACUAAAGUCCAAGAGAAAACUGGGUUUGGCUUCAAGAACACUGAAGUUUCCUAGUUUUUCGAAAAUUCCAAAUACUAUAUUUUGUGGGUUGGAUUUGAUCAAAUUAUAAAAAAUGGUAAGAACAUGGUGUCUAGGUUUUUGUGAAGAAAGUAGUUUUGGUGUUUUAUCGAUAAAUUAUGGCGUAUUGUGCACUCGGUGUGUCGUUUUGUGGUUGCCUUCCGUCACAUUUCCAUUCUAAUAUUGAAACACUUUUAA